AAUGAGAGGGGGGAGUGAGUGAGGGGAGAGAUAGAUGUAUAUAUGUGUGUGUGUGUGUGUGUGUGUGUGUGUUGGUGUAUAAGACCCGGACAAAGCACACGCGUGUGACCAUCGCAGACACUGAAGCUCCUCUCAGUCAGUGAGUGUAUUAUUUCACCUUACCUAAUUGAAAAUGUAUGUUUUUGUUUUGGUGCCUGUGUGUGCGUGUGUGUGUGUGUGUGUGUGUGUGUGUAAUUUUUGUAUCUGUAAACACUAAUGUAUAGUUAUAAGUCCAGAUUGGUUUGUGGGUGGUUUGAUGUGGUUUUUUGUGUGUGUGUGUCUUAAUAAAUGUUUACCAUAAGACAAACAUGAGGUAAACAGUGGCAUGUAGUGUUGAGUUUAACUGUCUUAAACGUCUAUGAUUGUAUAACUGCAUGUUUGUUUAUUUCAUCACAGUAGGUAAGAUUUGCAUGUAUGAUUUUCUUGUAAAUGUCUUAAUGUUAAUUCUCUUUUGUUGUGUCACUUCUCCAUCUCGUCCAUUGCCUUCAGUGUUAGCUGUGAUCGAGCAUCAUAGGAAAUCCAUCGCUCUGCGUCACCUCUUCACCCUGUAACCUGGGGGACACACCUCUCCCCUGCCGCUUUCACUUUUAUCUGUCAGACCCCAUCCUGUGUCAUCAUGGAUCUUUUGGGAGACAUGGGCAGCGGCUGUGACGAUGAAAACUGCAGCCUUGCAGAGAACUGUCUGAACCAAGAGUGCCAUUGGGAGGAACCUGUCUUUGGAUUGAUUGAGUUAGUGUGUGUGACUGUCAUUUACAUUCCACUGAUGCUCUUCGGCCUGCUGGGAAACAUACUAACAAUUCUGGUGGUUUGGCUGCGUCCUCACAUGAGAAGUUCUACGUACCUCUACUUGAGCAGCAUGGCCGUUAGUGAUCUGUUGAUACUGCUACUGCUGCCUCUGGAUCUGUACAAGCUCUGGAGGCCCAGUCCCUGGCUCUUAGGAGACCUUGUCUGUAAGCUGACAAUGUUCCUCUCAGAGUGCUGCACCUUCUGCACCAUCCUCCACAUCACCUUCCUCUCCCUGGAAAGGUACGUGGCGGUCUGUUGGCCAAUAACCGCCAAGACCCUGGUGACACGGCGCAGAACCAGAACUCUCAUCGGCUGCCUCUGGCUGGGUGCGGCUGUCAGUGCGGCACCAGUGUUGGUCAUGGUUGGAGUGGAGGAUGUUGAAGGAGAGGAGCUAGUGCUUAGUGGAUGGAGAGAGGGCGGAGGGUUGACAGGCAUUGAAGGAGAUCAGGCAGGAUUUAUGAUAGGUGGAAUGGACAGAGGAAGUGGACAUAUAACCUCGAUGGAUGGAGGAUUAGAGGGAAUGCAUUGGGGAGAACAAGAGAAAAAUGGAUGGGGUGAAGGAAUUGGGGAGUUAAAAUGGUUUGGAGAGAGCACAACAGAAGAAGGAGAUGAGAAACAAGGAGCUAACGGAGGAGGUGAAGAUGAAGGAAAGCGGCAAAACAAAAUGAGAGAAGAUGAGGGAGGAGGAAUGGAAGAAGGUGUCGAUGGAGGUCAUGGAAUAAAGAUUGACAGGAGAGAGUGCCGCUGUACUCACUAUGCCAUCUCGUCCGGCCUGUUGUCGGCCAUGAUGAUUCUGUCCAACAUGUACUUCCUGGUACCACUCUGCAUCCUGGGCCUGGUCUACAGCCUGAUUGGACGGACACUGUGGCUCCGUCCACGAAGCAGCCGUAGAGACCAGAGUCACCGGCACACUGUCAAAAUGCUGGGUGUGAUCGUCUUGGCAUUUGUCUUGUGCUGGCUGCCCUUUCAUGUGGGCCGGACCAUUUUCUCUCUUUCUCUGGGCUACGGUUCUGACAGACAGGAAACAUCCACGGAUGCAAACUCACACUUAGAUAUUAACGCUCUCUCUGACGUCAGCACAGACACAAACAUCAACACAGACACUGCUACUAAACCCAUUAUCCACUCAGAUUUAGAAACGCACUUCAAGACCACGUCCAAGACCGGAAAGAUGACUGCACACGUUCACGGAGAGAGAGAUCAAAUGUUCUGUGAUAUCUGUGCAAAUAAAAAGGUCAAGAUGAACACACACGCUGAUGUAGACACACACUUGGCUGAAUCUGAUGAUACGAGCACACACAAACACUUCUAUUCUCACGUUAUAUCACAACACACAAGCACUAGCACUGACACGAAUAAACAUAAUGUUACAGCACGUGGUGAUACACAGCUUUCUGCGACACCGACUGAGUUGUACAGCGAUAAUACACACAAUGACACGUACACACCGCCUGACGCACACAUGUACUUUAUGUACUAUCUGUCCCAGUAUUUCAACCUGGUGUCCUCUGUCCUCUUCUACCUCAGUGCUGCUGUCAACCCUUUAUUGUACAACCUGAUGUCUGCCAGAUAUAGACAUGCUGUGCACAGCCUCAUACACACGCGCGCUGACACACACUCUCACCGACUGCACACGCUCACGGCACGGCACUCCACAACUACUUUAUAAGGGCAAAUAUGUAUUUUGGUGGUAGGGCUACUCUGUUAUUUAUAUUUGGACCAUAGAUUGUGCGUUAUUUAUUUAAUUUUAGCAGUGUCUUACUGUAUGUCUUCACAUGUUUUAAAGCACAGCUGACAAACCUGUACUUUUCAUAAUAUGUAUAUUUGUACAGAAGAAACUUUAUGUGUACGUAAGUUUAAUUACAGUAACAGUGUGCCUGCUCAAAAUAUAAAUGCACUUCCACAAACACCCACCCACACACACACACACACACACACACAGAAUAGGGCUAUCAUUUUGAUGUAUGUAGUUUCAUAUAAACUGAUGUGUUUUCAUAUAAUAUAUAUUAGAUUAUGUAUCCUGAUGUGUCAGAUAAUAUGUAUAUAUAUCAGAUGAUAUAAAUGCCUUUAUUCGAUUCACACUUUUAUCACCUCUGUGGAGGAGGUCAUGUUUUGGUCCAUGUUCUUCUCUCUGUCCGUCAGCAGGAAAACACCUCAGAAUGGAUUUCCUGAAGUUCAGUGGACAGACUGGCCUCGGGCAUAGGGACAAUUGAUUUGAUUGAGUCGGUAAUACAGGCCAUAUCUGUCC